AUGAGCGCAAGCCGUUUGAAGAAUGCAUCGAUAGCAAUUGAAGAUUUGCUCAAAGAAUAUGAUAUUCGACUGCGCCCAUCGUUCGGCAAUGAACCAUUAUUAUUAGAUAUUGAAAUUCGUUUAGCAAGUUUCGAUAGCAUAUCGGAAGUUAAUAUGGACUAUACGUUGACACUUUAUUUAAACCAAUAUUGGCGUGAUGAUCGUCUUGUAUUCGGUAAUAGAAGUGAAGAAAUAACCUUAACUGGUGAAAUCAUUGAUAAAUUUUGGUUGCCUGAUACAUUUUUUCCAAAUGAUAAAAGUGCAUAUUUACAUGAUGUAACAGAAAAAAAUAAAAUGAUACGAUUAAAUGGUAACGGAGAAAUUCUCUAUGGUAUGAGAUUUACAAGUACAUUAGCAUGUAUGAUGGAUUUACGACGAUAUCCACUUGAUAGACAAAAUUGUACAGUUGAAGUUGAAUCCUAUGGUUAUACACAAGCGGAUGUUAUAAUGCGUUGGAAAAAUGGACGUGAAUCCAUAUUAGAUCUUGAUAAAGUUCAAUUGCCGCAAUUUACUGUUACUGGCUAUGAUACAGUUUCAUAUGGACUUUAUUUAGCAACAGGUGUUUAUCAACGUCUGUCGUUAAGUUUUAUACUUCAACGAAACAUUGGUUAUUUCUUAUUUCAAACUUAUCUGCCUUCUAUGCUCAUUGUCACGUUAUCUUGGGUCAGCUUUUGGAUAAACCAUGAAGCAACAAGUGCACGUGUAGCAUUAGGUAUUACAACGGUUUUAACUAUGACAACGAUAUCGACGGGUGUUCGAUCAUCACUGCCACGUAUAUCCUAUGUCAAAGCAAUUGAUAUCUAUUUAGUGAUGUGCUUUGUAUUUGUAUUUGCUGCUUUACUUGAAUAUGCAGCGGUUAAUUAUCUCUAUUGGGGUACAAGAGCAAAACGACGAAAACGGAAAAAACAAGAAAAUAACACAAAACGAGACACUCAAGCUGAUUACGAACUAGUGGAGGAAGGUGCGGGUGCUGGUGGCGGCGGUGGCAGUGAAAGUCGCGCAUCACCUAUACUUGGUUUACGUUCUCAUACUAAUUUUAAUUGUCGAGCAACAACAACAUCGAUUGAUGAAAAUUGUUUAACUCGACGAACUAAUCUUGUUAUUGAUUCUCAAACGCCACGUAUGCGUCCUAUAUUGAGAGGAAAUCCAGGGCUAUAUUCAUCACCAUUAAAUCGAAAUCCACGGCAAAAACGAGUGAAUCGUCUGUUAAAUCAUUUACGAACUCGUGUAAUAAACAUACGUCAACAUAUACCACAUGUACAGGAUGUCAACGAUAUUGACAAGUGGUCACGAUUAUGUUUUCCGAUUCUUUUUAUACUCUUCAAUGCAGUCUAUUGGCCGUAUUACAUGGCUCGGCCGGAAACAUCUUCAUAA